AUCAAAUUUUAUAAUCUUGGCCCCACCUACCAAAUCCUACAGGCCUCUCCUCCUACCAAUCCUACCCACUACUUUCCACCUUUAACUGAAAAUGCUUCCUGAGCAGGUAAGGAAAUGUUAUAUAAGCCUACAUCUUUCAAAUGGGUCAAGAAAAAAAAAUAUGAGGAUUUCCAGAUUAUUCUAAAUACAUAUCUCCAGGUUUUGACUUAUUGUUACCUACAUUUAUCCCAUUGUUACCCAUCUCUUAAAGCUCCUUAAAAAUGGGAAAUACAGCUGCCCCUUGUGCCCUCAUUUUCUGUAUGCUUUUUCUGAUAUCUUCUGGAAGAGCUAUUGUUACCCCGCAAGUGAAAGACAGAAACAUUUUGGCCUAGAAAGCUGUGGAUCUGCAGCUGAUUUGGGCUGCAUAUAAUUUCUCCUAUCUCCAGCUCCCAAAUCACAUUUCAAACUCAUUUGCCUUCCUACACCUGGACUGCUUUCUUCACCUGUUUUUGCAACUUUCUCCCUGCACAGUCAAGUGCUCUGUAAAUGAGGAAAGAUCACUUAGACUAAUUCUCCGAGUACUUAAGAGCUUUUAUUUGCUGAGUGACUCUUCUUAUUAUUACUAAAUGCUAUCAUCAGAAUUGAGAGUCAUGCUUUCCAUUAGAAUUCUUUUGAAGGAGUCUCGAGUUUGGUGAAUGAUUUAUUUUUUGUAGUGGUAUCUAAGAUGAAGCUGGGAUAUUAACUGGAUAGAGAUACUGAGCGUCACUUGUAACUUUUAUCAAAAAGCUAUGUUGUGCCUUGUAGAAAGGAGAAACUUGUAAUUUGUGUAGUUUUUUCUUUUCUUGCUUCUUAAGUAAAACCAAUCUAGUUUCUUUUUCUGUAACAAAGGGGGAAGGAACAGACAGACAACAAAUUAAUCAGACAGGAAGCAAAUACCACAGAAGGACGUCAGCCUCUGACUUGGUGUGUUCACUGUGUCACACUGAACCCGAGGCCAGAGCCUGUCCAAAAUGGCCACCCAGAGACAACCCCACUCUUGCUUGCAUUAGAAGUUGAUGCUUUUGCAGGGAUGGUUGUGUCUCUUAGCUCAUGUCUCACUUGCUCUGUGUCUGCCUGGGUCUCUGAACAUGCCUUCCAACAGUAUCUUUUAACGAUUUAUCAGCAAGACUGUUGAAGCCAUAACUAUCCAAGAUGCCUGUCCCUCCCCCACCAGCACCCCCACCGCCACCGACAUUUGCACUGGCCAAUACAGAGAAGCCUACCUUGAAUAAGUCAGAGCAGGCUGGGAGAAAUGCUCUUCUCUCUGAUAUCAGCAAAGGAAAGAAACUAAAGAAGACGGUCACCAAUGACAGAAGUGCCCCAAUAUUGGACAAACCAAAAGGAGCUGGUGGCAGUGGUGGCUUCAGUGGUGGUGGCGGUGGCUUCGGUGGCGGUGGUGGUGGUGGCAGCGGUGGCUUCAGUGGUGGUGGCGGCGGCGGUGGCAGCAGUUUUGGAGGAGGAGGACCUCCUGGAUUGGGAGGACUGUUCCAGGCCGGAAUGCCGAAGCUGAGAUCCACGGCCAGCCGGGAUAAUGAUUCUGGAGGAAGCCGACCACCAAUUUUGCCCCCAGGAGGGAGAGCCACAUCUGCCAAGCCCUUUUCACCCCCGAGUGGCCCAGGGAGGUUUCCUGCGCCUUCUCCGGGCCACAGGAGUGGUCCCCCAGAGCCACCCAGGAACCGAAUGCCUCCCUCAAGGCCCGACGUGAGCUCAAAGCCUGACAACCUUCCCCCUCCGGUGCCGAAUACACCAAGACCCGUCCAGUCAACUCCACACAACCGAGGCGCCCUACCCGUGCCAGGAGUCCCCAGACAGCCCAGCCUGGGGCCCACUCCUCCACCUUUCCCUGGAAACCGAGGUGCUGCUUUUGGAGGAGGCUCCAUCCGCCAGACCCCUCUGGGCUCCUCCUCCCCCUUCUCCAACAGGCCUCCCCUGCCUCCCACGCCGAGCAGGGCCUUGGAUGACAAACCCCCUCCACCACCUCCUCCGGUGGGCAACAGACCCACCUUGCACAGGGAAGCAGUUCCCCCUCCUCCCCCGCAAAACAACAAGCCUCCAGUGCCUUCUACCCCGCGACCUUCCCCCUCCGCGCAGGCCCCACCUCCUCCUCCACCUCUGAGCAGGCCUGGCCCGCCUCCCCUGCCUCCAGCUUCCAGCAGCAGUGAUGAAAUCCCAAGGCUCCCACAGAGGAAUUUGUCCCUCACUUCGGCACCUCCCUUACCGUCAGUGGGACGCUCGGGACCUCUUCCUCCCCUGCCCAAUGAGAGGCCCCCUCCUCCAGUGAGGGAUCCACCAGGCAGAUCAGGUCCCCUCCCACCACCCCCUCCAAUAGGCAGAAAUGGCAGUAUAGCUCGGGCCUUGCCUGCCACCCCUCAGUUGCCAUCCAGGAGUGGAGGGGAUAGUCCCAGGAGCGGGCCCAGGCCACCUCUUCCUCCUGACAGGCCUGGUGCUGGAGCGCCUCCCCCACCUCCACCAUCGACAUCGGUUAGAAAUGGCUUCCAAGAUUUAUCAUGUGAAGAUGAGUGGGAAAGCAGAUUCUACUUCCAUCCAAUUUCUGAUCUGCCACCUCCAGAGCCAUAUGUACCAAGCACCAAAAGUUAUCCCAGCAAGCUGGCAAGAAACGAAAGCCGGAGUGGAUCCAACCGAAGAGAAAGGGGUGCUCCACCCCUCCCUCCGAUCCUGAGGUGAUCUUUGCCUGCUCCUCUCUUCCCAAGCUCCAGAGCCGCUUCUGUUGUUGCUGUCUGAGAAUUGCACACCCUCCCCCCACUUCCCUAUCUUCUUCAGAAGAAGUGGGGAUGGUGUGAGAAUAUGAAGAGGAGGAGGGUCUUGUACAAAAAACACACCUAGCUUUUUCUGAUGCAUACAUUCUCAGAGCUACUGCUUGCUUCAGCGACAGCCUACCAUUGUUAGCUGCUGGGAUCAACUGGCUUUUGUGGCAAGUAGGCAAAGAUGAAUUAUAUCCCAGCUUUUAACCAAACAACUCAAACAUCCACUGCUUAUUUACUACAGGCUGUAAUUAUUAAAGUCCCUGAGAGCUGUUUUCAUCCAGGCCUUUUUCAAAUGCUUAGCCUCCUGUCUGUUUCCAUGAACCACAGAACGCCUUAGCAAGUUGCUGAGCAAGGGCUCAUAUGUAGCUCUGUGGUUACAGGAAAUGCAGUCUUGGACAGUCUGAGGUAGGCUCAGAGCUUUCCAACAGAAAUAUAAUGUGAGCCCCAUGGACAACUUUAAAAUGACUGGUAGCCAGAUUUCUUUAAAAUCUAAAGAGAAACAGAUGAAUUGUAAUAUAUUUUAUUUAACCUUAUAUACCCCAAAUAUCAUUUCAACCUGUAGUCUAUAUAAACAUUAUUAAUGAGAUACUUUACAUUCUUUUUUGAGACCAAAUUUUCAAAAUCCAGUGUGCAUUCUGUACUUAAAGAGUGCUUCUCUGUUUUGAGUGUAAUCCAUUUCAAGUGCUGGUAGCCUUGUGUACCUGAUGGCUACCCUAUCAGACAGCAUAGAUGAAAGAUGGAAGCUAGCAUAAAAAAUCUUUUGUUUAAAAG